AUCACGUGCCCUUUGAAUGCCGGAAGUGUCUUGUCUGCCGUUGGGCUCCGGUUUCUCUGAGGUUGGCACGUUGGCGUCAUGUCCAGGAAGCAGGGUGUCCGCUCCCGGCCCGGGAAGAAGGCCGAUUUGGAGCGGAAGAGGGACGAAAGGGCCGCGCGGAGAGCCCUAGCUAAAGAACGUCGGAACCGGGCCGGAGAGGCCGGGGACCAGGAGGAGUUCCUUAGUUUCGCAAAUCAACUUCAAGUGUUGGGACUGCGGCUGCGGGAAGUGCCGGGAGACGGUAAUUGUCUGUUCCGUGCUCUGGGGGAUCAGCUAGAAGGACAUUCCCGGAAUCACCUGAAGCAUCGGCAGGAGACCGUGGACUACAUGGUGAAGCACCGCAACGAUUUUGAGCCCUUUGUAGAGGAUGACAUUCCGUUUGACAGACAUGUUGAGAACCUGGCACAACCGGGAACCUUUGCCGGUAACGAUGCGAUCGUGUCAUUUGCGCGCAACAACCAAGUGGAUGUAGUGAUUCACCAGCUGAACAAUCCUCUCUGGCAGAUCCGAGGCUCCGACAAGGCCAAUGCCCGAGAGCUGCACAUUGCCUACCGCUAUGGAGAACACUACGACAGCGUCCGCUCCAUCCACGACAACACGGAGGCUCCGGCCCAACUGCAGACAGAGAUGCUUUCCAAAGACGUCUCCAACCGGACGGGUAAAUUGAAGUCUAAGGUAUCCGACGAGCAGGCAGAGCAGCAAGGGGACGCGGUGCAGAAAGUCCGGAAUGCCACCGGCUGUGCGGACGUCCGCCUCAUCCUGCAGAGUUUAGAAGCUGAGAACUACGACAUCGAGUCAACGAUUCAAGUCGUUCUUCAGAUCGAGGAGCUGAAGCAUAUCGGUGACGGUGAUGCCGACUAUGCAGAGGGAAGCGACUGCUCGUACUCAUCAGCAACCUGGGAGCCAAGUGACUGCGAAGGAGUAGACCCUCAAAAAAAAACCCAGACCCCGCAGCAAGAAUCCACUGAGCACAGGAAGCAGAGCCGACCGCUCAGGCCCAAGGAGGACACACAGGAGCAGAAUAAGAAAAACAGCAGCCAGAAGGUCAGCAAUAAGCAGAGGAAAGAGCAGCAGCGGCUGGAGAAGAAGAAACGGCAGGAGGACAGACACCGGCAGAAGGUGCAGGAGCAGCGGAGCAAUACCACAGAUAAUAACCGGCAGGAGGAUGCCUCCAGCGUGACCAUUGUGAAGACGCUCUCCACUCUCAACAUCUGAUGCUCUUCCCUCCUGCUUAUCAUACCAGUUGCAUCCACACCCAAAGAGACCUCUCACCCCCUCCCCCGGCGGUGCCUUGUCUCUGCUCUCCGGGCGAUGGGCAGUGUUUGUGGUGCGUAAUGGGAGCUGGCACCAAAUCCGGUUAUCUAGAGCAUUGGUUAGACGACGUGAGGAAACUAAGAGUCCCAGCAUGUGGUGCCAGGUGCUGGACUACUCGACUGACUGUAGGGGGAGCCAGGGAGUGAGUAAGUGAUUCUGUUUUUAAAUCUAUGAGAAUUGAAGGAUUUCUCCCAGGUUUACUGAUCUAUGCAAAACCUUCUUAAAGGGACAGUACACCACAGUCUGUCUGCUGUAGAAUGCAGUGUAAUGUCAAUGUCAAGUUGUACUUUCUGUUCAAAACAUCAGUUUAGUCCACUUACAAUGCUGAGUGACUGAUGUUAUGCUCCAGACACCCCCAGAGAUGCGUCCCCCAUAUGCAAUUAAUUAUUAUUAUUAUUAUGUUUUCUUUGUAAAUUUAUAUUCUGGAUUUCUUUAUUUGAAACACAUUUCCAUAAAGACGUUUAACCCGCUAACAGACGAGUAAAUGAGGAAUAUAACGGUUUCAUUUGA